GGUCUUCUUAAACACAACUUGCACUGUCUGUUAGACACUGAGACAUUCACAAAGGAAGUAAGAUGAUGCACUCCCACUGCCAGUGACAGAUUUUAUGAACAACACGAUCACAAAGGGCGAGUCCAACUGUCUUAAUUGAGGAUUAUUCUUUACAGAGUAAAUUAAAGAACGCAGUGGAAGAUGUCGUGCCUGAAGUGCCUUAAGUACACCAUGUGUGUGGUGAACUUCAUCUUUUUUGUCUGUGGGGCUACAGUCUUUGGAUUGGGCAUCUAUUUGAUGACAUCCUCCAGGUUCUCUUCCUUACUCCCCACUCUUCAGGCUGUAAACAUCGCAAACUCGCUUUUCAUCAUUGGGAUCAUUAUCACCUGUGUCUCCUUCUUGGGCUUUCUUGGAGCGCUGAAGGAAAAUCGUUGCCUGCUUAUAUCUUUCUUCAUACUGUUGUUCCUUCUAAUGUUGGCUGAGCUGGCUGCUGCCUGCCUUUUGCUGCUGUACGAGAAUCAGAUUGGGGCUUUCAUUGAAAAAGAUCUUAAGGAUGGUUUAGAGAAAUCCAAAGACAGCAGAAACAAUACAAUAGUUGAAGAUGACUGGGACCAAGUACAAAAAACUUUGCAUUGCUGUGGAAUCAGUAACCAUACAGAAUGGGGGCCAGAUGUGCCGGAGUCAUGCAAAACUCAUAAUAAUGAAACAGUUUAUUGGCAGGAGGGUUGUUACACAAAGCUGAAGAAUACAUUUGAAGGAAACCUCUUGAACACAGGGAUUGGUGUCAUUGUUGUCUGCGUUAUUGAGGUCUUGGGUAUGUGUUUCUCAAUGACCCUGUUCUGCCACAUAAGUCGAAGCGGGUUAGGAUACAAAUGACCAAACUCAAUGUUUCCAUAUUUCACAGUUUGUGUUUUUUUAUAACUAUUGCCCCACAAAUACCCAAAGACAGCCAGUAAAAGACAAGAUGGAUUGCAGUUCUUACACGGAUGCUUGAUUCUUGGUUCCAUGUUUAUGGUAUGUGGUAGAAACUCCAGAAUUCUUUUAACUGCAUUAUUGUUAUUAUUAUUUUGCAUGUAUGAAUUGGUAUAAAUAACUAGUUAAAAAAAACUUUGCCUUUGGCCAUCACAGCUUAAAAGGAAACAUUCUAGGGGGUUUUAGACACUGAAUUCUUCCACUUUCAUCUGAAUGUCAAGUUAUAAAGUGUGACGUGUAAGAGAGAUUUUCCAUGAUGAAUCAUCUUUACACAAAAAUGUAAUGGUAUAUUAAACUGUAUAAAAGUAAUGAUUCUUUCAUGUCAUAGACUUAUUUUUGACCUAUGUUCCUAUAAUUUACUUUUGUAGACUAUAUUUGAACAAUGCAAAGCACUUAUUUCUGAUCACUUCCUUUUCUGACUAGCUGUAGCAGUGACAAAACCAUGUGAUUUUCCACAAUGUGCACAGGGUGGAAACCACACAUGCUUAUUUAAAACUAUUUACACCAUUUGUAAUGCACAUUGUUUUUGUCGCUUUCUUUUCUCUGCAAACUGAUAUGAAUUAAAACUUAAAGACCAUGAAAA